AUGCUACUAGCCAAUGUAAAUCUAAGUGUGGAGACAACUUUUGUUCUCUUGGGUUUCACAGAUUACCCAGAGCUUCAGGUUCCUCUCUUCCUUGUGUUUCUGAUCAUGUAUGUUAUGACUGUAGUAGGAAAUCUUGGGAUGAUAAUAAUCAUAAAGAUUAACCCAAAAUUUCACACUCCCAUGUACUUUUUCCUUAGCCACCUUUCUUUUGUUGAUUUUUGUUACUCUUCCAUUGUUACUCCCAAGCUGCUUGAGAACCUGGUCAUGGCUGAUAAAAGCAUCUUCUACUCCAGCUGCAUGUUGCAGUACUUCCUGUCCUGCACUGCUGUGGUGACUGAGUCCUUCUUGCUGGCAGUGAUGGCCUAUGACCGCUUUGUGGCCAUCUGUAAUCCUCUGCUUUAUACAGUGACCAUGUCACAGAGGCUCUGUGCCCUCCUGGUGGCUGGGUCAUACCUCUGGGGUAUGUUUGGCCCCUUGGUACUCCUUUGCUAUGCUCUCCAGUUAGAUUUUUCUGGACAUAACAUAAUCAACCACUUUUUCUGUGAAUAUACUGCUCUCAUUGCUGUCUCAAGCUCUGAUAUACACAUUGCACACCUACUGCUCUUCGGUUUUGCCACCUUCAAUGAAGUGAGUACUUUACUCAUCAUUCUUGCUUCAUACGUAUUUAUUUUUGCGACUGUACUCAACAUCCCUUCUGCCAGCGGGCGUCACAAAGCCUUCUCCACCUGUGCCUCCCACCUCACCGCCAUCACCAUCUUCCACGGGACUAUCCUUUCCCUUUACUGUGUGCCCAACUCCAAAAACUCUCGGCAAACUGUCAAAGUGGCCUCUGUAUUUUACACAGUAGUCAACCCCAUGUUGAAUCCUCUGAUCUAUAGCCUGAGGAAUAAAGAUGUGAAGGAUGCCUUCCAGAAAUUAAUGGUAACAAGAGUCCUAUUUUCCUGA